UUUUCCAACUUUAUAAACGCAUCAGGAAGCAACAGACUGACAUUUAGUACAUUCUUUAACAACUUAUUUUACGAUGUAAUAUAAAAUCUAAGAUCGUAACUUAUUACAUGGAUACUAACAAGGUCGGUAUUGUCAGACGCUUCCACCCCUCAAAUCAACUAUUUCCAAAGGCCUAAAAGGAGAUCAGCCGGGUUUUAAUGAGAUUUUUUAGGUUCACGGUACAGAGGAAGGGUCAAAAUACCACCAGGGUCAUAAAACUACACCUGGAAAUGACCAAAACUCCUACGAAAGCCUUGUCAAAAGUGUAUGGUCGGGAGCCGAAAUGUUUAAGAAUAUGACCACAUAGUUUUAGAUUAAAUGGUUCUCCUACCACCGGAACAACCAAUGUUACUACUACAGCUACAACUAUUAUAAUUACUACUACUGUUCUUGUGUGGACACCAGCUGGAACUGUGUGUUGAGUAUUAGUGCUUUGUGUUGUGGGGCGGUUACUGAUGUGUAAUUGUUGUCUUUCAGUGAUGAAAUCAAUGUUAGUGUCAUGUUUGUGCGCUUUAAAGAAUUAGACAAAAGUUUUUGUUAUUUCUUACACUGUAUGCAAGGUUAGUUGCUAUGUGUUUGCGUUCCGCUGAUUUUAUGUUUUUGGCAAACGUCUUUUUGUUAUUUUUUGUAGGCGGUGCAAAUGUCUGUUGUGUUGUAUGUCUGCGCAAGUCUGUAGAAUCUUUGUUUCUCGCGAUGUUGUUUGCGUAUAGAUCCCUGGAAAACCAGUAGUGUGUACCAACUAGAAAGUUUUUUUUGUUGUUGUUGUGUAUGUCUGUUCAUUGUGGUGUGUAUGGCGAGCUUCAGGUUGUUCCAGUUGGUGGAAAGAAGUCUUGUGUGUGGAUCUGUAAUGCGGGGGGAAAACAGAGAAAUCAAUAACCUUCAAAAAACCUGAUGUAUUAAUGGUGAAUCAUGUGGUUGCAAGACACAAAGCAGACAUACAGACAGACAGACGAAACAGGUGCCGAGCUAAGGGUGGUGUGAUAAUGACUCGGCGGGAAGGUGCCGAAUCGUCAUUAGUUACAUUUUUUCUUGUUUUCAUCACGGAGGAGUGAGGUGUAAAAAUUUUCACCUGAGUUAAGUGAGAGACAGAUACAGUUGCUUCGGAACUCCAUCUGAACUAGAGGAACUGGCCGAAUAUAUAUAAACCAAACCAGCAGUAAUGAGUUCACCCGCGCCCCUGGGCGAGCCAGCAGGAGAAUACCUCGGAUUAUCUCUACCUUUCCCUUUUGUCGUCUUAUGUGACCAACUACGUGAGAAGCAUUACCCAAUACUAUCUCGUUCAAUUUUCCGUUCCAUUGAAAAGGAGCCUUCCCGAUUAUGCCAGUACCCAGCAGUAGCUCUGCAUCAAGGUAGCUGUUAGGGACUGCUGGACCCCACCGUUUGUGUACAUGAUCGUUACCCACCCUGAUUUCUAACCAAACCAUGCCAGUAAUUCUGAGAGGAGAACCCGUGACACCUUGUAAAUUAGGAAUAUUGAGUGAAGACACCAACAAAACUAUCAGCAUGGCUUUCAGACAUCAGCCAAUGGGUGUAACUGUGGAAGAUCUUUCUAAAGAGGAAAUUGCCGCCCUUAAGGUCCGGGGCUAUGGCAAAUUUGACCAUCUUGUACGCGUCGAUCCCGGAGGUGCUGUCUUCCCACCUGAAUACCGGCAGCUCUGCGAGGCAUAUCGCAGUUUCGCGUUCAGGAGUGAUGACGUGGUGGUAAUGUCGUAUCCUCGUAGCGGCUCUACCUGGACCCGAGAGAUCCUGUGGGCCAUGAAGCACAUUGAUCAUUUACACUUGGCUGACCUCCAUCAUGUGAACAAGCGCGUUUUUCCGGUUCACUACGACACAUUUUCAUCGUACAACGAGAUAGACUUUUCUAACUUCCUGGAGAUCCCUGACAACAAGGAUCAAGGAGGCGAGCCAUCAAUUAUGAAGCUGGCGGCCGCGGCAACCUCGCCGAGAAUCAUCGCUAGCACAAUGCAUUUCUGUCACUUCCACCCUGACUUACUGGACUCUUGCAAGGUUGUGUACGUGGCCAGGAACCCAAAGGACGUAUGUUUAUCGUCCUAUCUCAUGUACUCACGCAUGGGAAGGUUUGAGGGAAACUUGAGCGCCUGGACGGAGCUGUUCACCGGGAACAGCUUGAUAUACGGCCCAUACUGGCAACACCUGCGGCAGGCGUGGGCCAGACGUGGCCACCAGAACCUGCAUGUCAUGUUCUAUGAAGACAUGAAGGCUGACAUCUUGAAAGAACUCAAAAGGCUGAACAGCUUCUUGGAAACGUUCCUCAGUGAUGACCAGCUGCUUCGAAUCAAGGAACACACUGAGUUUGAGAAAAUGAAAGCAAGAGAAAAGAAACCAUUCCUGAAGCUCGUAAAACCUGGCGGUUUCUAUCAAGGAGGACAGGUCGGCGCCUGGAGCAGUUCUGCUUCUGCCGAGUUGGACGACCGGAUGAAUGCCUGGAUUGCAGCGAACUGCGGCGACUUGGACUUGCCUCCCCUGUACAAUAUGCAUAAGCAGUGAGGUGGAUGUAUCUGCUCUCCCUAACUAAAAAUAUUUCAGGAUCAUAUUAUACUCUAAUAUGAUAUAUGAUUUCGUAUUCGAAACAGAUGCAUUGCUUGAUUAAUUGAUUAGUAAAUUAAACCUUUCCCGUAGCAUUAUUUCGAUUUAUAAUGAUGUCGCCAUGAAAAUGCACAAUUAAAAUUUAAACGUUAAAAUAACAAGAAAUUAACUUUAAAAAAAACUGAUAAAAUUGUUACCCAGUAUGUUGUUACUUAAUUAAGAGAAAAGUCAUGUCAAGUCAUAAUACCUUCCACUAUACAGGAAUACACACACACACACACACACACACACACACACACACACACACACACACACACACACACACACCAGAAUUGGAAUUAUCCCGGGUUAACAAAAGCCAGUUUAGUUUUAGGAGGCCUUUUUGUUUAGGGGGAAGGGACUUUUUGUGCUUUUUAAUUUGUUUUGGAGUUGCAAUGCUUUAUUUUCGUUUACUUUCUUUUACGUCAUAUUUAAAUGUAAAUCAGUUAAAACAAGCAAUAGCAAUGUACACUCGAACCUCAAUUUCCCUGACUACUAAGGGGAAACAAGUGUCCGGGAACCACAGAAGUCCGGUGUCGUGCUGAAAAUUGGUAUGGGCAUCAACUGUGAUCCUAUGCAUCAUAUGGAAGCAUUUGUUUCGAAAUUUGAUGAAAUGCUUUUUUUUUUUUUUUUGGAAACGUUGACCUUGGGCGAACUUUUCGAGGAUAAGGUCAAAGUUCAAGGUCAAGGCAAUGCAAGGUGCAUCAUAUGGAAGCAAUUGUUUCGAAAUUUGAUUAAAUUCUAUUUUUUUGGAAACAUUGACCUUGGGCGAACUUUUCGAGGUCAAGGUCAAAUGUCAAGGUCAAGGCCAUGCAAGGGGCGUCUUUCCAUGAGCUAAAAUAUGAACCAAGUCUGAAGUCUCUACGAUGACGAGAACUGAAGUUAUGGCCAAUCAGACGUUCUGUGCGACCUUAAACCUUGAUCUUUGACCUUUGACAUUAAAAAUUUAAUGGGUUCUAUUCUGGAUGGACAUGAAGCUUCCAUGAAAAAUUGGUUGAGAUAUCCGAAAAAUUGUGACAGAAGACUGUUAACGAACAAACGAACAAAUAAAUAAACUAGACGUUAGACACUCUAACGAGCACAAACCGCCCGCUGCCAACACUCUGUGGUCGGAGUGCUCAAAAUGUUAAAAUAUGCAAUUAAGUCUU